AUGGGGUCGUAUGGGUUGAAUCUGAAGAGGACAAAAGUCCUUAACGAUCCCAUCCAUGGACUCAUAGAUCUGGAUCCCUUUGAUGUCGCGAUCAUAGAUACUCGAGCAUUUCAAAGACUGCGAGAAAUCAAACAACUGGGGGCAUGCUAUUACGUCUUUCCAGGAGCAACACACAACAGAUUCGAACAUAGCAUCGGUACAGGCUAUAUCGCUGGACAAAUGAUGAAUCACUUCAUACACAAUCAACCAGAACUAGACAUUUCAGAAUCCGAACGCUCAUGUGUCAAACUCGCUGGUCUCUGCCAUGAUCUAGGUCACGGCCCCUUCUCUCAUGUCUUUGAUAACGAAUUCAUGAAACAAGCUGCUCCACAAAAGCAAUGGACUCAUGAGGCACAGUCUGGAGUCAUGCUGGAUUAUAUCAUGACGGAAGAAUGGAAGGGCAAUAAUCCUGAUCUGGAUACGAAUCAAGUCAAAAUGAUUACAAAUCUCAUCAAUGAUAAAGAGUUUAUCACGAGGUUGAUUGUUGGUGAGAUGCCAAGAGAACUUGAUCGUGGUGUGUCUAUGAGAGAGAUUGAGCGCAAGUUUUGUUUCCAGAUCGUGGCAAACAAGACUAGCUCAAUUGACGUUGACAAGUUUGACUACUUGUUGCGUGAUUCUCUCAACGUUUUCGGACAUAAGGAAUUCGAUUAUUCUCGCUUCAUGAAGUUUUCAAGAGUCAUAAACAACGAGAUUUGUUACAAGGCACCAGCUGAUCAAAAUGAGAUCUAUGACUUAUUCAACGCGAGAUACAAGAUGUCUCGAAGAUUGUAUACUCAUAAAGGCACCAAAGCUGUAGAAUUGAUGCUGGUGGACGCUUUACUAGCAGCUGAUGAAGUCCUUGGCAUCUCUGCCAAAGUUGAUGAACCAGAGUCUUUCUUGUCAUUGGACGAUACCAUCAUACAUCAAAUCGAAUACUCAAAAAACCCAGCACUAUCCAAAUCUCAAGGAAUAAUACGCAGAUUACGAAGACGAGAUUUGUAUAAAUGCCUUGAAUGUGUUGUCUUGUCAGAGUCUUCCCAAGAUAUGUUUAUGAAUCAAUACAAUCUUACUGCUGAUGAAGUCUGUCGGUAUUCGGAUGGGAGUAUAAGAGCUGAGGAUUUGCAUUUGGAUUUCAUGAGGUUGAACUUUGGAAACGGUGAAAAGAAUCCAGCAGAACUCGUCAAAUUCUACAACCGUCACAAUGAUGCAACCUCCUUCUCCCUCUCUGGAUCCGCAUGCAGCUCCCUCGUCCCAGCCAAAUUCGAAGAACUCCAACUCCGAUUAUUCUGUCGAGACGAACGAAAACAGCACGAAGUCCAGGCUGCCUUCCGUCAAUGCCUGAAAGAAAAGGGUGUUGUAUGCUAUGACGAAGAAGGACAGUCAUUCAGUGAUAGGCAUUCAGUCAUAUAUCAGGACCAUACACGACUAUAUCGACAGCUUACGCAGGAUAGUAUACCCACUGAACGAGCUGAUGACGAUUAUGAUUAUGGAACGUAUACACCCACGCCACGUAACAAGUAUAAUGGUCGUGCUCGAGACGAUACGUCAAUGGAUGUCGACGAUGAUGAUGAAGAGUAUAAUAUGUCACCAUCUCGAAACAGACGAGCAAGCAAUACUGGAAUACGUCCCAAUUCUGCAUCUCAACAGCGACAUGAUUUAUCACAAAAGCUUUUAUUCACACAUCGCAGUCAUGACGAAACCAAUGGUAUCAGUAAUAACAGUAAUAUUAACAGUAGUAGUACGAGUCAAGCAGUCACAGGAACACCAGCCAAAUUGAAAAACACGGAUUUGAAAAUCACUUCUAGUGGUGGUGGUAGUGCUACACCGAGUGGGUUGAUGGCACCUCAAGUGAUUAUAGAUGGCAGUACACGAACAGCUCCCAGACAUUAUUCCGCAAUAUCUGGUGUGUUGGCAACUCCACCGCAAGUACCCUCAACACCUCAUGGAUCACAACAAUUGUCACAAACUCCGAGGACACCAAAUGCCCAAGCCAUAUGGGAACUACCUCCAAAGGAGCAAUCAAAUUCGCAAAGGACCUCAGCUAAACGCAACUCAACAGCAGACGAACCGUUUGAAAAUAAGAAACGUAUGUAA